UAAAAAGGGGAAAUAGUAUAAAUAUUGACUUCGUGUAGCUUACGAUUAUCAUUCAAACUUAGGUGUCAUCAAGAUGAGGACGUCACAUCUCUACGUUAUCUUACUAACUGCAUUGGUAGUUCAGAUUUCCUCUGAAACUACUGCUAAACCUGCUGAACUAGAUACACUGUUUAAGAGUAUUCUAUCAUCUUCAUUUGAGAUUGUAGCAAGGCCUAUCGUGGAUUUUGUAAAUAUAAUACCAAUCGAUGUAGAAAAAUACUUAACAGAAUUCACUUGGAAAUUAAGGGACUUUAUAGAACAAGCCGAAGAGGAUUUUUUGAAUACGAUACCAAAAGAAGACAGACAAAAUAAAAAAAAAAUGAUUGGAUACAUCCAAAUAACAUUGUCAAGAGCAUUAUCAAAAGUAGAAAAAUCUGUAACAACCGCAACGAACGAAUCUUUUGACGCAUUACCAGAUAAUAUUAAAACCAAAUUACUUGACAUAGGAAAUGAAAUUGAUGACUUCUUAAGAAAAAUAUGGAUGAAAAAUAGGAAAGAUUCAAAAACGUCACAAAAAACCCAAAAAACACCCGAAGAUUAUUGAAUAUUUAAAAGGUACCCGAUAAAAAAUAAUUGAAAAUCUAGUUGAUACAACAAAUAACAAUUCAAUGUUCACUUUUAAUUAUAUUAGUAGUAAUGACAAAUGAUCUAUACAAGUUAAGACUAUUAAAAUAUUUUUCUUAACACGGACAUUGUAUAUAUUUAUAAUUCAUAUGUUUUUAAAUUAUAUACGUUAACUUUAUUUGUAAGGCAAAUGUUAUAAAAAUAUUGAUUAGAAUACUUAAUUAUAAAAACUUUUUGAUUGUUUACAAAAAGCUUACAUUAUAUUUAAUUUCAGCUAUGUGAUGAAAAUUGCAACUUAUAACUUUAUAAGAAUAUUAUUGUUUUAUUUAUUUAUAAUUAUAAAAAUUCACAAGAAAAUAAUAAAUAUACAUUAUGCAAUAUUUUACAUUUGUUAGUAUUUUCAUUAGAAGAAUGUAAUUUGUGUUGAAAAAAUAAAAAUAUUUAGAAUUACUGCCUGGUAGUAAGAACCCAUUA